GUCUGCAUACUUCGAAAAAUGGGCUUCUGCCAUCAGAGGAAUUUCCGUCACUGGCGAAAGGACCUGGGGCGAGGUACCUUUCUGGGAAGCAUUUUUCCGGGAAUCCCCUUCAGGUCUCAGCGUCAUCGUUGUAAAAAUAUUUGAAGUUGGAGGAGCUAUUCACAAUUAUCAUCACUUCAAUAUGUCUACUGAAGGCAUCCAAGGCGAAGUCCGCGAUCUGAAGGCGAAACUGCAGAAUUACCAAGCAGGAAGUAUCGAGGGCCUGAACUCCUUCAAAGACGCGCGUGAAGGCGAAAUGGAAGGAAUGCAAAUAAAAGUGGCUGUGUUCGGUAUGACAGGCGUUGGAAAAUCGUCGUUAGUAAACACGAUUUGGAAGGUUUUGUAUGGCAAAGAAAGUGCUCCUGCUAUAGAACAGGCAUCUGGAGGCGAGGGUACACAGAUACUGGAAGAAUUUCACUCAAGAUCAGCUUCGGACAGUGAACUUGGCGGCUUUGUAUUUAGCGACACACGAGGAUUUAACUUCGACUUUAACAAUGCUGAAGAAAGUAAGUUACUCUCUUUUCUUUGCUCUCGACUAUGAAGAUACCUGAUAAAUCAGAUUUUGUGCGAAGUUAAGAAAAAGUUUUGACUGAAAGCGAAACGGACAAGGCGGAAGUAGAGGUCUGAUGACGUCAUAAAUCGAUGUGCUUCGCAGUUAAACUUUUGUACAUUAUGCUUUUGCUUCCCCACUAAAAUGCUCCACCUUAAUGCUCCAUUUUUCCCACUAAAAUGCUUGGUCUCCCCAAAAAAGUCACUAAAAUGCUCGGAUAAUGCUCAUUAUACAAACGGUUUUUUAAAUUAAUUUCAAAGUUUACACUCACAAAAACGUGCAAGUGUUGCAAGUAACAACGACAACGUGUACAAGUUCAUAAAUACAGCCAAAAAAAGCCAGCUGUAUUACGUUUUUUGUGAAGUUUGAGUUUUAGUCUUCAUUUUCUUUAAAAACGCAGGAGCUCGUGGGGCAAGGGCUCCUGAAAAAAGUUAAUUUCUAUUUUAUUUUCUCGGAAAAAUUAAUUUUCCGGGGAAAAUGCUCAAUGCUUUUGUCUCACUAAAAUGCUCGAAAAAAUGCUAGCAUAAUGUACAAAAGCCUAUUCGCAGUAGAACGGCGUUACUUGCCAUAGACCAUAACGCCUGGGUUGCGGCGAGUCACGAGUGCUUUGUGAGUUUCUGUGUUUUUCUAUGUUACGAAACAGCCGGUCACCGACAACUCACCGCGGUAUCGGGCUCUUUAUCUGCCUUUUUCAACUCUUUGGUUUUGACAGCUAGCAGUGCACCCCCCCCGCCCCCACCCAAUCUGGGCAAGCCCAAGGCUUGGUUAUUGACCUUUAAUGACCUAACUUUAAAAACAGGAAACCAGUCACCAGUUAGCAACAGCUAUCGUGAGUUAGAUUGUGCAAAAGAUUAUGACUGACUUCUAAAAUGACGUCAUUGUGCAAAUGGCCUUGUCAUGCACACCCCUAUCUUAAGAGUUCACGCCAUACCGGGUAGCUUUCUUGUGUCCAUCCGGUAUAGUGUGAACACCUUUCGGAUAUGUGACUCUCAGUAAUGGUAACAGGACUGAGUGGAGUCCAAUUCGGCUUGAAAUCAUGCGAGUUAUUAACAAAAUUGGACGACCGCGUAGCGGGAGUCCGAUUUGUUUAAUCACGAGUAUGAUUACAAAUCGAAUUGGACGACACGAGGUUCUAUUACCAAUUGAUCAUAACUUUAACAAAAUUUGUGAUAUAUAAAGCUCUUUUUAAAAUCAAAACACAAGAAAUUCCAAGAUUUUUGCUAGCAGUGAAAAAAAAAAGCCAUUUAAGCGCGCGCGUGAUGGCGCGUACUGUCCAAUUACUUAGGCAUGACGCGUACUGUCCUAUUAAACUGUCCUAUUAAGGCUGAAAUCAGGGCAGUUGAUAGCCAAUCAGAUUUGAGAAUUUUGUUAUAGUUAUGAUUAUUGUAGAAAUCGCGCCGAAAUCACUGUUCUUAUGUGUGAACCGAAGCCAUAUCCGUUAUGGUUUUCAUGCUGGUGCAAAAGAUAUCCGGUAUUGUGUGAACAUGGUUAUGUUUAGCAAGGUGGCAGCUUCACUUUGCCGCUGUUUAUUCAAGCAACCCUUGCCCCAUUUAAGAGUUUCCUUCCAGUAAUAUUGCAUUAAUUCCAGCAAGAGUCAUAAUCGAUUAUGGCCCCUGAUUCCAGACUAUACUUUUCAUACCCCUUUAUAUCAGAAUACAAAAUCGUGUUGUUCAUAAAUUUCAGAUGAACUCUUCCGAGUUCUCUACGGAAUUGAGUCAUCGGGCCAGCAUCUCGAACGAGGGGAAUGGGCUGAAGAAAUGGCUAAAGAAGCUGGCCAGGCUGCUCACAGGCUCAAAAAGCCUCCACUUGCUGAUCAGGUCCAUGUGGCCUUGUGGGUAAUCAAGGGUAACGAUAUUCGAUUUGAGAAUGAUCAGUACAUUGGCAAGUUUGCUUUUGUGCAACAAAAAUUGAACAGAGAAGGUUAGUUUGUCACUGUUGUUGCACCAAUACCAUUUUUAUUAUGCCGAAGGCAGGGAAAAAUAAUUAUUGAUCUGCAUCAAACUGAACACAAUACGAAAUAUUUUUGUUUAAUAUAAUCAUUCAUCCAUUAUGCUUGUAGUCCUUUUUUUUCUAACUGUUCUAGAAUUGUCACGAGCUGCAAAUGGAAUUGUUCACUGAAGAUUGAUACAAAACUCAGAAAUUUGCGUGUAAGCAAAAGCCAUAAUCCCAUUAUGGCUCUUGGGGUCCUCUUGGUGUAAGCAGAUCAUUGCUGCUGCACUGAAAGACAACUGUUUAACUGUCCAUGCGUUGUCCAUAAUGAUUUAUAGUCCAAUCAAAACUUAAGAAAAAAUAACUCGAGUGUCUUUUUGGUGGACAUGACCUACUUGUCGCGACAAAACUGGAAGAUGAAGAAAAGAUGCUUUGCGUGAAACUUUUUAGUUUGAUUAAGUUAUAUAAGGUAAGGAACGAAACUAGGCCCAUCACAGAACAUAACCUCUCUUGAAACAAUGUCCUCGUGAAGUCUGGGAAAGAGAGGGCGAGGCUCUCUAGGUGACGUCACAGCUCACGGCAGAGUCCAGGUUUAAACACCUGGGUCGAGUUGUUCAAAGCUGGGUUAAGAUAACCCAGGGUUAGUGCGAUAUUUGAAUUAAGAUUUGAAAGCUUAAAAAGCAUUUCAGCUUUAAUUCUUUUUGUCUACAAGUUGAUGAUUGGAAGCUCUAAAAAUAGCACAGAAAAUGCUUUUGAACACAAGAUAAAGAAACCAGGGUUAUUAAAGCGCUAAUCAGCCUUCGAACAACUCGGCCCUGGGGACUAAGCUGCACCGUACGAUUGUAUAUUUUAAAAAGGCUUUUUGUAUUGGUUCACAGGUGUCACCAUAGUUACAGCUGUCACUCACUUUGACAAGCUGAAGUCUAAGAACAAAAAUGAGGUCCGAAGAAAAGCCAUGGAAGUGACCGGAAGUAGCAGAGGAAAUACGUUUCUUUUCGCCAAUUGGCUUCCUGAUGAGGAAGAUUAUGACGUGCAAAACCAGCUUGAAGUGUUGCGAAUGUUAAAAACUGCACUAGCGUGUGGAGAACGAUCUGUUAAAUCUCGACAAGUUUUGCGGAAGCUAGACAAAAAAUAAGGGAAUGGAAGGGGCGUCCCAUUUGACGUUUUUUUAGAAUUCAAGCAUUUUGUUCAACAAUAUGUAACUACAAGCAUUGAGAGGACUUGUAACUUUUAUAGGUAUCUUUCUCUUUAACAAUUAUUCUUCGAGCCUCUGAGUCAAUAGCGCCGAAUGGGCUAUUGACUCAGAGGCCAUGAGGGCGAGAGGAAUAAUUGUUUUAAUAAAAUCCAACAAGUUGGUCAAAAAUAUCGAGACAAAAGAACUUUAGCUAGCAAAAGGCGAUUCAGCCGUCAUUGUUUUGGUUUUCAAAGCUGGUACUUUUCGCUACUAGUAGGCUAUAACAUAUAGCCUAGUAGUAGCUCAACCAAUCAGAACGCAGCAUCGAUAAUAGACCACUAGUUGGAUUUUACUAAAUAUUAAAAGCCUUGAUUACCCAGGUCCAACGGUGAACCGAUAAGGAAAGAUUUUAAAUAGAUCAAAAGAUUGCUUUUUUUCCCGGGUUAAGCAUGCUUAAAGCCCUUUUCAUGCGAAAAUUGGGGUCAGUAGCAUAAAGCCUCCCGGAGGGGAGGUGGGGGGAAGGGAGGGGCACCCAAGAGAAGCCAAAGUAGAGGUGACGUGUGCUGCAACUGCCUUCAAACUUUGAUCCUGUUUAAAACAACAGGCCUUUUUUUCACGGGGCCGUAGCAAGCCUUUAGAAACUAGGGGGCACAAAGAUUUUAGGUAGCUCAUUGUAUCCGAAAAGCAGAGGGUUUUGGGUCUGGAGGACCCGUUGAACUGGUCUCUGUAUCUUAAAACCAGAAAAUGUUUCACGUAGCUGCAGAGACAUCAUUGUUUCAAUGCUGUGGGAGAUGAAUUGUUAUUUUCAACUUUUAUGGGUGCAUGUUCUGACUGUUU